AAGACAGGCAAAUGAAAUGCCAAGUGAAAUGGUCAUGCAAAUUGAGUCAUGGCAGUUAAUGUCUCUCCUGAUGGUACUACAUUGGCAUCUGGUAGUGUAGAUAAGUCCAUCCGUUUAUGGGAUGUUAAGACAGGAUAAUAAAAAGCCAAAUUAGAUGGUCAUUCAGGUGACGUUUAUUCAGUCAGUUUCUCUCCUGAUGGUACUUUAUUAGCAUCUGGUAGUGGAGAUAGCUCUAUCCGUUUAUGGGAUGUUAAGGAAGAAUUAUCAAUCCUAUCAUCGUAAAAUGACUAUCAAGAUGUUCUAGUAUAAUUUUAACCCCAAGUUUUUCAAAAAAAUUUUAUACAAGAAAGUAGUAUUUAUUUUUGA